AGACUUCCUUCCAAUCGGCGCUUCGCAACAGUUCGCUUAUACCUACAUCUGUAUACCUAUAAAAUAAUCAUCUGAGGCCAUCGUGGUUUAGUGAUGAUGGAUUUCCCCUUUGCAAAGAGACUGCUCGAAGCAGUUUGUGCUGUGUUGAUAGUGAUGUGCACAAUGACAACUAUAGCCAUGAUUGGUUGGCAGCACGCAGAGACAAGAUACACAAAUCCAUUGCCAAAGUGGGACAAUUUCAGCUUUACAACCAGUCUUGAUAGUGCUGAACAAGACAGCCUCAUUUUUCAUCCAUUCGAAAACGCAUGCAAGUUUGCGAUCUCCAGUAUCUAUGCAUCAGACAUUACGCCCAGUGCCACUGAACGCUUACGGCAACUACAGUGCCCAUAUGAAAAUUUCGAUCUUGCUACUAUGGACAGCGAGGGAUACAUGUACGUCCAUCCACACUACUCAGCCUAUCCAAAAUAUACAAACGACGUUAAAUGCAAGGUUGUUUUUUUGGAAGGAGCGCUGAGAAAUAACAUUACAGGCAGAGGAAAAAACGAUUUUAGAGAAGUCGCGGAAGUGGAGGCACCCGAGAAUACGCGAUUUUUUGCCAAUGGGGAUGUGUUCUGCAUACGCUGCUUCAGAAAUGGCACAAUAAUAUUCGAGCAUGUCUAUCCUGGCAUAAGAGAUUUGAACAAGGAGCCUAACAUGAUAUAUACUGCCAAAGAUAUGGAGUCAUUCGAUGAUUAUGGCAGAAGGAAUGAGUCAAAACCAAAUAAGAAGCCUGACUUGCAUUACUCUAUUGAUAUUCUCGCUUUUGAUUCAACUUCUCGAACGAUGUUCAUGCGACAUUUACCUCGUACCAUGGAAACCAUGAACAAGCUAGGAUAUGAGCUUUUUUUUGGUUACACUAAGAUCGGAGACAAUUCAGCAGUAAAUAUUCUGCCAAUCCUUGCCGGAGAUUUGCCUGAAGCUCUUAAACAGUCAAAGAUAGAUGAAUUUGGAGAUAUAAACAUCGAGUGGAUUUUACCUUCAAAACAAAAGAUAGAUCCAGACAACAUACCGUUUCUAUGGAAGUUAAUGGAGAAAGAAUUUGGAUGUCGUUCUAUGUUCAAUGAAGACAUAGGAGUAGCUCACCGUGGUUUGUUCCACUAUCCACCGGAAGAAUUUCUUCCUGGCUUUACCUCACUGCCGGCGGAUCAUUUCUAUCGAACUUAUUAUCUUGCUGUGUAUAAGAGAUGGAAAUAUACUCAGUGUAAAGAUGGUGACCAAGUUCAACGACGUUAUAUGGAUUUGUGGCGUCGUUUCGCAAAUAAAUACAAAGAUAUCUGCCAUAUGGGCUUUACAUUUGUGACAACAAUUUCUCAUGAAUGGGGCUUUACGCUUGAACUUUUGGACGAACAACUUUCUUCAAGUCUUGAAAACCUUUAUUUCACAGGAGCGCUAGAUAAGGGAAUCAGCAUCAUAAUGGGUGAUCAUGGUAAUCGAAUGGGACGGCAACAAUACUCAUACAGCGGCAGAAUAGAGGAGCGCAUGCCUCUCAUGGCUAUUCGCUUGCCACCAGACUUCAAGAAAGCACAUACGAAUGAAUAUCUCAAUUUCAUUACAAACAAAUGGAAACUGACAAGCAACUUCGACAUUCAUCAAACAUUGAAAGACAUAGCACUAAUGCGUUUUGGAAAUUCGAGGGAAUCUAGAAACUAUGGUCGAGGAAUUAGUCUUUUCAAAGAGAUACCUGCUAACAGAAGCUGUUUUGAUGCCUAUAUUCCUGAAAACUUUUGCACUUGCUUAAUAGAUCGCUCAAAUCUAUCAAACGCAACCGUGGAAUCAACAAAGGAAAAGUAUAUAUUAUCAGCUAUAGAAAAGUUUUUUAUGGAUAAUAAUGAAAUAAGUGACUGCUUCGAUCUUACAAACAUAACGUUAGCAAACACUGCUGCUGUACUUGGAUUGAAUCCCUUGGCCAGACAUGGGUUUCGCAAAAAGGAUAAUGCCGCUCGCAUAGAGGAGGCUAGGAGAAAGUAUCCAAAAAUGGAUUUUCUCUAUCAUGAAAUUAUUGUGCUAUUGCAAUCAUCACGAGAUCGACUGACUUUUCGGCUUCUAUUUCGCGUGGAAGAAAAGGUGAAGGAGGGCACCUAUAAUGUAGUACUGGAACCGUUAGUGCAAGAUGCUCCUGCAGAUUGUUAUGCUAAAUCGGUUUUUAGUUUAUGUAAAUGCCUCUUUUCUACCAAAUUGUAAAAAACUAUAAUGUAUUUUGUGCGUAAGUAAUAA